CAAGUCGAGCAGUUCAUCAACGAGGUAAUUGUUCUUUCACAAGUAAACCACAGGAACGUGGUGAAACUUUUAGGCUGCUGUCUUGAGACCGAAGUUCCUCUGCUAAUCUACGAGUUUGUUACCAACGGUACCCUUUUUGAUCAACUGCACGGCUCCAAGUUCGGGUUGAUUCUACCGUGGGAAGACCGUCUGAGGAUAGCCGUGGAAACGGCUGGAACUCUGUCGUAUCUCCACUCGUCUGCUUCUGUUCCAGUCAUUCACCGCGAUAUCAAGUCGGCUAACAUUCUCUUGGACGAUAAACUCUCGGCCAAAGUAUCAGACUUUGGGGCUUCGAGGCUGAUUCCAGCGGACAGAGAGCAAUUAACAACGCUCGUGCAAGGCACUCUCGGCUAUUUGGAUCCCGAGUACUUCAAAACCAGCAUUUUAAACGAGAAAAGCGACGUCUACAGCUUUGGAGUUGUGCUGAUGGAACUGAUUUCA